AUGGCUGAAGCCCUCCUUGCGGCAGGAAGUUCGAGCGUGUCCAGGUCACAGGAGCAUGUCGCCGAGGAUUUGCCUGAUGGCACGGCAGCUCGUGUCGGGAUGUUUUCGGCAAGAUUCGACGGGGAGGAGCCGGAGAGGCUGUUCCGGGAAGUCCACAAAAUCCUCAAGAACAAGAACUACCCGGUUUUAAUGGUGGAUGCACCAGUGGGUGCUGACUUCGGAACCCUUACCGAGGAAUAUCUUGGAAAGCUCAAAUUCAACAAGGGCGUGUUGCUCUCCGUGUGCACUUCGCACUAUGGUGCGGUCACGAAGAGCGUGUGUUCCUCACAUCAUGAGCUCAAGUUUGCGCACGUGUAUGGGAUCGAUAUCCUCCCGUUGAAAAUGUGCGACAUGUGGCCACCGGAGCCCUACGCUGACUGUCCCCGCGAUGAGAAUGCCGACUUGGUCGACGGGUUGCUCAGCUCUGUAUUCCUACCAACCAAGGUCCACAUGGACUGCCAGGGCAAGGAUGCACACUGGAUAGCUGCCCACAUCGCGAAAGUGCUGCAUGGCCCUCGAGAGCAGUUCGAGGACCUUGCUAAAAAAGUCAGCGUCGCAAGCAAUCCAGGACAGAAGGAAACUUCCAUGCACGUGGCCGCCUUGCAAAAUGGUGACAGUGUCUACAUCAAAGUGGACGGAAGGGAUCUAUGGCUGUGGAAAAGUUAUGCCGAAAACGCGGUGGUCGGGCCACAACAUGGGCGUGCUGUGUUCAAAGUUCAUGCCAACAUGAGCGAAGAGUUCAUUCGACUGUCGCUGGCAGAUUCAGACUCCUACUUGUGUGCUUGUACAAGCGGUAAUACCGGGUAUGAUGUCUUCAGGUCCGGUAGCAAACAGCAGCAGUGGAAGAAGGCGAAUCUUCGCUACAACGCGCCUGUCGAUCUCACUGAUCUGCACUGGGGACAUGUCCGCACGGCAGCGAACCUGGACCGCAACGCAACAGGCUACACAGGCGCGGUGGGAAAGUUCGGAAUAUGUCAACUUAGUCAACUUGUUGCAUUUCCUCAGCUGGUCUUUGCCUCCGCCCUUUACUCCCUUGACUGCUUUCAUGAAACUUCCAUGCACGCGGCCGCCUUGCAAAAUGGUGACAGUGUCUACAUCAAAGUGGAUGGAAGGGAUCUAUGGCUGUGGAAAAGUUAUGCCAAGUUUGCGGUGGUCGGGCCACAACAUGGGCGUGCUGUGUUCAAAGUUCAUGCCAACAUGAGCGAAGAGUUCAUUCGACUGUCGCUGGCGGGUUCAGACUCCUACUUGUGUGCUUGUACAAGCGGGAAUACCGGGUAUGAUGUCUUCAGGUCCGGUAGCAAACAGCAGCAGUGGAAGAAGGCGAAUCUUCGCUACAACGCGCCUGUCGAUCUCACUGAUCUGCACUGGGGACAUGUCCUCACGGCAGCGAACCUGGACCGCAACGCAAAAGACCGCACAGGUGUGGCGGGCACGUACACAGUGGAGAGUGUUCGCAGCGCAGGCAAAGGCAAGGUCUUCCACACCACCGACUCGAUCUCGGUUGUUAACAACAGCGUCCAAGUAGGUUGUGGCCACAUGCCUGUUGUGGGCAAAGUCCACAGUUGCCUUGUUGCCGACGCAGAGUGGGAUUGUGCGUUUGGCUUGGUCUGCGCCAUCUUCAGGUUCACAACAAAAUCAGGGGGUGGCUGGGGCCUGACCCUUCCCUCGCAGCCGGCCCCUCAGGGGAGAGCGGCCACCAUCAGCAGAAACGGAUGUCCCUUGCUUCGAGCGCCAGGCUACAAAUCUCUCUGCGAGCACCUGUGCGACAAAGGCAGGGAUGCUGAUGGCCAACCGAACCAUGGCAUUCCAUCGCUGGAACAGUUUUAUCUCCCAUCGCGCCUUCCAUCUAGUUCCGUCGCGAACUUCCGCGACUUGGCGGGACCUGAUGCAUCUGCACCGUACCGUUGCAAGGGAGGCCGGCUUUCUCGCGGCAAAGUUUACCGCACCGGCCACUGGGUCACCGCGACUCCGACUGAUUUGUCACUAAUUCGUGACACGCUGGGCAUUUGCACUUACCUUGACCUUCGCAACGGCCAGGACUUCGAAAGCGUCGAUGCGGAGUGCUUCGACGAUUACCCGCCCAGCCCCAACGGGCGGCACCUGGCCAGUGUUCCUCGAGAUCCGGGAGAACGGCGUCGGCUGAGCUGCCCCUUCUCGAAGGGCCUUGGUGCACGACCCUUGACACAAGACGAGACAGAAGGCAAAGUAGAUCCAUCUGACAAGAAGGCGCAGUGCGCCGUGUGGUUCCAGCAGCAGAUGCGGAGCGAGACCUUCCACGACCUCCAGGUGCAAUUGAAGACGAGUAUGCGCGCCAUGCUCAUCUUGAACUCGGAUGAGGUGCUCACAGCACUCAGAGCCUUAGUUGACGAGCGAAACUUCCCAGUGGCCUUCGGCUGUAUUGCGGGCAAAGAUCGUACGGGCCUCCUGGCGUGUUUGGUUUUGUCCGCUCUGGGAGUCAGUGAGGAGGACAUCAUCUUUGACUAUUUGUUCACUAACGAGUCUGCGCAGCACAUCAACGCCUGCAAUCAGAUCGCUGUCGCCAUGUGGUGCGAGGAGCUGAGGAUCCGUGACCCACGGAAGUACAGCUUGCUGGUGCGAAGGACGCGGCUCCCCCCAAGCGUCCAGAACAUGUUGGACAGUGAUGGCGACACCCCACUUUGGGAGGACAUGCUGUCCACAGUUGAGGUUUUGUCAACCCAGGAGAGUGGGUAA